GGAGGAAAAAGGAAGGUUUCAUGGGAGACUUGCAGACAAGUCUUUGGUCGAAACGUAUAUAUGCGUAUUACCCUAUACAUUGGUUUUCUUCUGUCAAAAGCAAUAGCUCACAUUCCCUCAUAUAUACAAUCAUCCAUUCUCCUAUUUUUUGCCGUAUAAAUUCGAAAUCGUAUUUAUCUACCAUUGUACUUGCUACCUACUUCAAUUUUCCCAACCUAAUUCACAGCAGACAAAUGGGUCUUCGAGAUUAGAUUGGUGGAAAUUUGUAUGCAAAAUUUACUACGUGUAGAUUUUUUUGCUCCAGCUGCAGAUUCUUGAGUAGAGAUUCUACAGGGCUUUGCUAUCAUUAUUUGAUUGAAUGGAUGUGGAGGGAUCAAGUACUUUGUCAGGAAAUGGUGCACAAUCUGUAGAAUCUCGGUCACGUCCAGUUCGACGACAUUUGGAUGAUGCUGUAUAUCAGUUUAAACAACAAAAUCUCCCAGCAUGUAAACCUGUCCUUACACCAGCAUGGGUCAUUUCGAUGUUUUUCUUGAUAGGCGUCAUUUUUAUUCCAAUUGGACUUCUCUGUCUUUAUGCUUCUGAAAGUGUUAUUGAGAUUGUUGACAGAUAUGAUAUAGAUUGUGUGCCAGAUAAUUUCAAGAGUCAAAAAGUUGCUUACAUCAAAGAUGCCUCAGUUUCCAAGAAUUGUACACGUUACUUAAAGGUGCCCCAAAAUAUGAAAGCUCCAAUUUACAUCUAUUAUCAACUCGAUAACUAUUACCAGAACCACAGAAGGUACGUCAAAAGCAGAAGUGAUAAACAGCUUUUACAUGGAUUACAGUACAAUGAUACAAGUUCUUGCAAUCCCGAAGGCGAAAACAAUGGUCUCCCAAUUGUUCCUUGUGGUUUGAUUGCAUGGAGCUUGUUUAAUGACACGUAUUCCUUCUUCAACGGGGCAGAUGCUAUAAAAGUCAACAGGAAAAAUAUUGCUUGGAGGAGUGAUCGUGAACACAAAUAUGGGAAAGACGUUUAUCCAUCCAAUUUCCAGAGCGGGUCUCUAAUUGGUGGUGCAACAUUGGACCCUAACAUCCCUCUAAGUGAUCAGGAGGAUCUCAUUGUAUGGAUGCGUACUGCUGCUCUCCCUACCUUUCGUAAGUUAUAUGGAAGAAUUGAAGUGGACUUAGAGGAAGGUGACUUAAUUAUGGUGAAUCUUGUUAACAACUACAACACGUACAGUUUUGGUGGAAGGAAGAAACUUGUUCUUUCAACAACCAGCUGGCUGGGAGGCAGGAAUAACUUCGUUGGGAUGUCCUAUGUCGCUGUCGGUUCCUCAUUUAUCUUCCUCGCUUUUGUCUUCUUGUUACUUCAUGUGAAAAAUCCAAGGUCUUAUGGGGAUACAAAUUUAUCUUGGAACUGGAAAGGCAUGUCAAACUAGAAGGCAUGACUAUUGCUAAAUUACAAAUUUGGCUUC